AGUAGCGGAAAUAAUAGUCAGAUGACGUAUAUCAUGUGACUUAUGGUGUGCUAGCUCGAUGCUGAAAACCUCAGUAAACAGUCCUCGUUUGCUUCUAGAAUCGUUGAAACUAAAGCGUCUCUGCAACGAAGGGUUUCUACUGUGUAAACAGUGUUUAGGCAUUAUGCAAAACGUGAUUAAUUCAGUGAAAGGCACUGCUCUGGGGGUGGCUGAGUUUCUAACACCAGUUCUAAAGGAAUCCAAAUUUAAGGAAACUGGAGUUAUAACUCCAGAAGAGUUUGUUGCUGCAGGAGAUCAUCUUGUUCAUCAUUGUCCCACAUGGAAAUGGGCAUCUGGAGAAGAAGCAAAGGUGAAGCCUUAUUUACCUAAAGAUAAGCAGUUCCUGUUAACCCGAAAUGUUCCAUGUUACAAACGCUGUAAACAAAUGGAAUACUCUGAUGAGCUGGAGGCCAUUAUAGAAGAGGAUGAUGGAGAUGGAGGAUGGGUUGACACUUAUCAUAACUCUGGUAUCACAGGAAUUACAGAGGCAGUUCGGGAAAUCUCUUUGGAUAACAAAGACAAUAUGAACAUGAAUGUACAGUUGAAUAGUGGAAAUGAUGAUGAUGAUGAUGAUGAAGGGGAGGCAGCAGAUAUGGAAGAAUAUGAAGAAAGUGGGCUUUUGGAAACCGAUGAGGCCACUCUUGAUACAAGUAAAAUGGUAGAAACAGCCAAAGGCAAGGCUGAGGCAGGUGGUGAAGAUGCCAUUCUCCAGACGAGAACCUAUGACCUAUACAUCACUUAUGACAAGUACUAUCAAACUCCCAGGCUGUGGCUCUUUGGAUAUGAUGAGGAAAGGCAACCCCUCACUGUAGAUCAGAUGUAUGAAGACAUCAGCCAAGAUCAUGUGAAGAAAACGGUCACCAUUGAGAACCACCCACACCUGCCGCCUCCCGCUAUGUGCUCUGUGCAUCCAUGCAGGCAUGCAGAAGUUAUGAAGAAGAUCAUUGAGACUGUGGCUGAAGGUGGAGGAGAACUUGGGGUUCAUAUGUACCUCCUGAUUUUCUUAAAAUUUGUGCAAGCUGUCAUUCCAACAAUAGAAUAUGAUUACACAAGACACUUCACCAUGUAAACUCCAGGCUGCCCAGGAUUACAGCUGUCCUUUUGAAUAGGAGCUCUUUGUCGGCAUGCAGGCAAUGUCUAUUAACACACAGACAAGUCUGCUGAAAUAUUUAACUAACAUUUACAUGUUGUAUGAAAUGGUGUAUGUGCAUGGGAAAGGGAUCUGAUAAAUGAGAGAACUGCACUAUUCCAAAAUGUAAUUUCAUCAUGGCAGCCCCUCAUUGUUUAUGAAAGGCACACAGUUACUCUUCCUGUUGCUAUCUUCAUGCUUAAAGCGUUUAGUACUCAAAUUUGGAUUUAAACAGUACUACCAUAGUGCUAACAGUACUGUUCUUUGUUACAUAUUACUUGUGAAUAUACUGCUUCAAAAAGUGGCUAUAAAAUGCUUUAUUGGUCUAAUCAGCAUUACGUCUGGAAUCUGUAGCCUCUGACUGGGUGUGCAAUAAACUUUGUAUGGUGAUGGACCUGUUGACCUUGUAAAAUGGUCUAAUUUAUGCCAGGCUGUCUUAACAUCUUGCCGUCUGAAUGUUUGCAUUAGUGUCUGGGUUCCAGGCCACUGUUGUGUUGAGAUGCUAUAAGUCUGCUGUACUUUCUUUUAACAUUUUUAUUUAAUAUUGCAUAGCCCUUAAGAGUUUAUACCACAUUUGUUGUAAUGUAUUUAUUGCAUCAGACUUGGUUAUAUGCAUUUUGAACUGCCAUUAGCACUUAAACCUGUAGCAAUGGCUUCGAAUUUAUAUCACCACAGGAGUGUGAAACGAGCAAACCGAGGAGUUGCUUUGUCAGUGUCAAAAUAUUCUGCAUCAUGAAGAUAUAAUGGGAGGUCAUCUUUUGGUGUUUGCAGCAUCAUCUGCUGUUCUUUAAAUGGGCAACUGGCAGCUUUGGAAUAACUCUUGACUGUUUCAUUGUUUUUGUGUCAGUUUUAUAAAUUAAUGUGAAUUUAUGAAUAAAAAUGUAAUUUUGUAGUUUAUUUUUGUCCUUUCUUUUGAAAUCACAAAUCAGAGUCCUAUCACAAUAUUAAAAUAGUCCAAUUUAGUUUGACAGUGAGUUUGUAUUUCUAGUAUAAGAAUUUUAUUUUUAUUUAUUAUGCAUGUAUUUCUUUCUGCUGAAAGAACUCCUAAAAGUUGCUUAGCUGUCCAUCAGAUACAGAUGUAUUAUUUUCUAGAAUUAAAGAAAGGUUGUUGUCUC